AGAAGGCCUAUUCUUCAUUUCUUGGAGAAGAAGAAGGACGUGUGAUUCUAACAGUAACAUUCACUUUUUUAUAUAAAAUUUACGUCAGUUGGUGAAAAUCUGAUAUAACAGCUAUAAUUAUUAAAUAUGCUAUACAAUUCGGGAAUUAUACUUUUACUCUUAGGGAGUGUUUUUGCAACUCAAAAGCCAGUACCCCGUCUAGACAACGUAAAGCCUGGCGUUGGUUAUCAUGCUAUUGUAAAGGAAAACGACAAAAAUGUGGAGGUCACACCCAAAAUCCGUGUUAUAAAUGAGGAACCAGCUCGGUUUCUGAUAACUAGCAAGCAUCAUGGAGAAAUUCCCUUUCGAGUUCAGAUAAAGGAUCCUAAGAAAGGAGAAGCUAUUCUGGUAGCUGAGAAGAAUCUGAACUGUGAGAAAAGAAAAUCCUACAAGUUUGAAAUCGCUGCUGUGGGACGUAAUGGUGAAGUUUCUGAGAAUGCGACUGUGCACCUCACCGUUGAAGAUGUGAACGAGUACGCCCCGGUCUUCCUCCAUGACUCUUACAUCACAGAUGUUGAUGAAGAACGGUUAUACGACUCCAUUAUCCAGGUGAAAGCAGAGGAUAGAGAUUGCACCCCGAAGUACAGCGACAUCUGUAAAUACGAAAUUCUAACUCCAGAUCAACCCUUCACCAUAGAUUCUGAAGGGCGUAUUAGAAACACAGAACCGUUGUCAUGGGAACAAAGCCACAAUUAUAUUCUGAGAGUUGUAGCAUUUGACUGUGGCAUGAAGAGGUCAAAACCAGUAAACGUGAACAUCAAAGUGAACAAAGUCUGCCAUCUUGGUUGGAAAGGAGUGUACGAAAGAAUAGAGUAUUUGCCAAAGUCUGGUCAACAAAAGCUAUUCCCCAGUGCUAAGUUGGACCUUUGCGAUGUCCCGUGUAAACCCGAGAAACUGUCCGCCAGGGUCGCCAUGGCCACUGGUCAUAUUGGAAAGGGUUGUGACCGUGACACAUACUCCAUGGAAUCCCAGCGAAAAUUGUGUGGUGCCAGCUCUGAAAGUGUGGAUCUGCUCCCUACACCUGAACUAGGAGCCACGUGGACUAGAAACCUCCCGACUGAUGAGGGCCAUGAGAGCGACCAGAUCUACGAGUUUGAUGGUGCCACGAGUGCGGUGGUCCCGGAGACGGUGUUGAACCACAACUUGACAGACAACUUUACCGUGGCCUUCUGGAUGAAGCACGAGGCUUUUCCAGAGCCCAAUCACACAUCCCAUCACGUGAAAGAACACAUCAUUUGCAACGCAGACGAUCAUGUUCACAACCGCCAUCACUACUCCAUCUUUGUGCGGAACUGCAAACUGAUUCUCCUGUUGCGACGAGAGUUCUACCAGGAGAGACCAAGUGUCUUCAGACCUGCAGAAUGGAGAUGGAAGAUACCGGAAGUUUGUGACAAUCAGUGGCAUCAUUAUGGUGUUAGUGUAAAGUUUCCUGAGGUCAUUCUCUUUGUGGAUGGAGAUAUGUUUACUGCUUCUGCUAACAAUCCAGAAAUCAUUGAUGAUUGGCCCUUACAUCCCAUGAAAGAUGUCAGAAGUGUUUUUGUUGUAGGUGCUUGCUGGCAAGGACAUGAAAACAAGACUGCCUUCCACUUCCGUGGUUACCUUGCUGGGUUGUCUCUUUUGCGAGAGCAGACUGAAAACCCAGAGGUAUUGUCUUGUCUAUAUCAGUGCAAGGAAAGCCUUGAGGAACCACCAGUUGACUUGCUAGAACCAGGAAUGGAACUGAUGACCAACUCUAAAAAGACACAAGUGACUAUUGAAGGGAACAGUCAAGAAAAUUUAGAGAAACUAGUGUCAAAUGUAAUGUACUUAAACACCAGAGAAUUCCCUACACCUGGCCGUCGCAACCUGUACAUCGACACUGUUGUGAUGUGCUCUAGUGGGAAGCCCCAAAAAGUUCCAGAAGUUAGAAGUUAUGUGAUGGUUCUCAAGCCAGACCUGCCUGUGAUCACCAUUAAUGGCACUUCCAACUUAGCUCGGGAAUAUGAGGCAUUUAAGUUGGGCAUUGAACUUUUCAAUACAGUCUCUCUCUCUGUCAACCAGCAUCACGAGGAGGAGUUUUCAGAUGUAAUAGUCAGGGCAGACUAUAAACUGGACAAGUGUUCUGUGCAGGUUUUUCCUCCUUUAAACCCUGACCAUGAAUACUUUCACUUACCAGAAAAUCUAAUGGUGCAUCUUGAUGUACAUCAUAAAGAAAACAAUGAAGGAUUAGUCAUCUUUGGGGCUGACAAAAUUCACAAUUAUGAGCUAAUUCUACGGCAAAUUAUAUACUAUAAUCGCAAGCCAGCCUACUAUCUUAACCGUGCUUUUAAACUUGUUUGUUCUGAACUCAACAACCGAUUUGUCAGCAACGAGUACAUACAGACGCUAACAGUAAUUCAUCCACGUGCAGAACCUAGUCAUGAGGUAGAAAACCAUCUUGAUCCUAUAGCUUUUGCUCAUUCCCAUAUCAAUAAACAUAAGAUAGAUAUUCAACAACCUCAAGUUCAGUCAGGCUACAUUAAUGCUAAACUCCUGGACAGUGCAGAAACUGUAGCCAAGACUUCUGCAAGCCAUGCCAUGACUAUCAUCAUAGUUGUUUGUGUUGGCUUCCUUGCCUUCAUGAUUGUUCUGGGAGUUAUUCGCAUCCGUGCAGCUCACCAUAGGUCUCACAGUUCCAGAGAUGAUGAACAAGAGAUGGCCUGGGAUGACUCCUCCUUGACAAUUACAGUCAACCCCAUGGAACAAGUUGAAGAGCAGAAAGAGACACGAACAUCACACAAAAAUGAUGACAGUGAUUCAGAUGAUGGAAGUAGCUACCAUGAAGGAGAGAGUUCCGAGGAAGAAACUGAGAAAGUAAAAGAGCGAGAGCUGGAGUGGGACGACUCAAAUAUGUCAUUCUAAUUCUGUAUUUUCUGUUUCCCUUUCCCAGAAAGUCCCUAACUCCUCAUGUUGAGACAUUGUCUAUAUAAGCUGUGUACAAAUGAUACAAGAAAAAAACCUCUGUAUCUUAUUGUACAUAUAUAAAUACAGAACCUUGUUGUGAUGGAGGAAAAUGUCUUAUACUUUAUUUUGGCUAAUUUUGUUGCUUUCAUUACUUCAUUGCUACAUUAUUGUUUCCCUAUUACUACUUAAAUUUAGAUUUAGUAUCAGCUGAAUUUAUAGUAAAUUGUUUUGAAACAGUGCCAUAAUAAGUUUCAUAUAUUUUGAUGGUAUUUUUUUAUGUUUUGACAAAAAAUAUAUAUAUGUAUAUUUAUAAAUUUUCACAACUUUUUGUUAUGGCACAAUUCUUAAACUUUCCAAUUAAUUCUAAUUAACAGCACCUUUAAACCAUGAUCGUAAUUAUGCUGUAGACCUGUACUUUGUAAAGAUGAAUAAUUAGUAGAUUGUGAUAAGCACAUGUGUAGAGAAGCUUGCAGUUUCAGUGUGUUGUAGUGAAGAUAAAUACCUUGUCAAUGUAGAUCAGAGAGCUCCGGAGUUUAAUCUUAUUGUUCUUAUGAGGUGAACUGAAUAACAUAUCCAAAUCUAUGUAUUCUUGGUAUUUUACUAAAAGUUUUGCUAGAAGUCUUCCUGUAAUCUUAUUCAGUUGUAACUGUGUAGUUUUAGUCAAUGCAUAUGAGAUGUAUCUACUACUUGUGUGUGAUUCCUCUUCCCCUGUCCAUAUGUCACUGCAUAUACUUAUCUUUGGGUGUUCGUAGAUGUGUUUAUAUAUGUGUGGGAAGAUGAACAUGGUGAACAAGAUUUCGGAGUAAAAUUUCAAAUGAAACGAUUGUUGUGGCAUGACAAGAUUAGCAUUUCUUCUGACAACAGUAUUGGAAUGAGCAGUGCCAUAGCCAUGAAGAAGUUUCAGGGGGAGGUUGCUGUUGACUUAAUGUAUUCAGCAAAACUGGAUGGGGUUGUUAAGUAAUCCUCCUUAUUAUAAGCUAUGAUGUGAAAAACAAAAGCAACCUAAUCAGAUUAUCAGUAAGGAUUAUUUUAUAACUGCACUGAGGUAUCUUUGUAAUAAAAAAAAUUGUUUAAAGCAAGAGAACAAAGCUACAAAAAAUUUAUCUUUUCUGAAAUUUGGAAGGGGGGCUACCUCUAUGAAAGUGGCUUGUCGAAACCCAAUCUAUAAAAAAUGUUAGUACAAAAAACAUGGUUAGUGCUAUUAAUGAACAAUAUAAUAAAGAAGUAUAAAGUAAAAAUAACAGAAAAAGUGAAAUUUUAAAAUAAAACAUACAAAAGGACUUUAUAAUCUUGAUAAAAAACUUACAAAAGCUUGUCCCAAAGUAGAACUUAACAAUCUCAAUAAAAAAAAACUCAUAAAAGCCUGUCCCAAAGUAGGACUUUACAAUCUCGAUAAAAUAAAUUACAAAAGCAUGUCUCAAAGUAGGACUUUACAAUAUUUUUUAUUAUUAUUCUAGCUUCUUCUAAAACGUAAUAAUGAUAAUGUUAUUGCUAUAGUUAGACCCCACUUUCAUAGAAUCAUCAUAGAUCUUAUGGGGUUCUGUCAGUUGAUAGACAAGUUUCUCAGGGACAUGGGUUUGUAAGAGUUUACUGGAGACUAAAGAUCGAUUGAAAGAGUUUUAAAUGUAUCUUGUUUAAAAUGUUUAAUAUGUGUAGCUGAACAAGUCAUCUUUGUGGUGAAACAUUCCAUUUAUAUUAAACAUAAAAAUAUUGUUUUUAUUGUGGGUUUAAGGGUGAGAGGCAGCUUGUGUUGAGUGUUUCUGCAUAAGUAUCAAGCUUUUAAUCUUAAGCUAGUUAAUGUUUUUAUUAUUUUUAGUACUGUAUGGUUAUUGUAAUAAGCAUAUCAAAAUUUAGAAGAUAAUAAAAAUUGUAUUACCAUUUAGAAUAUAUACACAUUCAUAUUUAGUAGAAACUGUAUAAGAACUUGUCAACAUUGUUUCCACCUAGAACAUUUUUAGAUUUUUUUUUCUAUAAUUUGUCUACUAUUGAACACUGUAAAAAUACUGGUUGUGAUUAUUUUUUACAAGUAACCAUGGCUGUCUACUUAGAACACUGUAAUACUUGUUACCAUGAUUUAUCUGCCUAAAAUUGUAAGUUUUUUUUUGUCCAGAAUCAAAACUAUAUUUUAUUGUUUCUUCAAAUGAAAAGUAAACAAUUUUUUCUCAUGCCUUCACUAUCUACAACAUAAUAAUCUGUUACCAUGGUUUCUAUACCUAGAAAAUAAUAAUGUAUUACUAUGGUUUCUUUAUCUUGAGUAUUUUAGAAUUAUUUUUUGCCAUGAUUUCUUUACCUAGAGGAGGAAGAUAAGGUUCAGCUAUACACUAAUUGAAAUGAAAACAGGGACAUGUAGUUAACUAGAGCAGUCCAUAAUUGAACCUCCAGUGACUCAGUGGUAAAUCUGCAGGCUUAUGAUUUCUAUUGGAUAGGGCACAGAUAGUUUUGUGCUUAAAAACAACCAAAUAAAACCAAUCCUUAAUUUUUUUUGUGACAAAAGUACAUUGUUUAUUCAGUUUUUGUAGUUUCACUCUUUGCUCCAUUAAAUUAAAGUUUCUCACAAAAAAUGUCAUAAGAUUCUGAACCAGUGCAUUUAUUUCUGUUGGACAUAAUCUUUUUCUUUUUUUCUUAUGGAGUGUUAGAACAGUUGUUGGACAUAGUAAGAUCAUGUGAUUUUAUGUAUUUUAUGAAACAAUACAUGAAAGUGGUUAGUGAGUGAUUGUUUUAUUGUCUUUUAACACUGAAGUAUUUGCUUUUUUACUGAAUUUAUGUGUGUAGUAGCUUAUUUAUAAUUUCAUACUUCAUUUUUAUAUAUAAGACAAGAUUUAGAUACCUUUGGGAUAAAUAGAAAACUAAAUAACUAUCUCCAAAAUCACAUAACAAAUACAGUCAAAUGUAAAUAAGUAUUGGUAAAACGAGUCAAUUUAACACGCAAAAUCACCCCAAAUCAAAUACUUAUGAGAUAUAAAUAUUAAACUAGAAAAUAAAUUGAUGAACAACAUAUAUGAAUCGACUGUGGGGCAACAUUUUAAUCUUAAAUCUAACAGAAGUAUUUGUGUUUUUUUUUCUUUUUUGAUGUAGCUAAUGCUUUUCAUGUUUUAGAUUUUCAAAUAACAAGAAGCAAUAUUUUAAUUUAUAAAGGAGUUUGCAAUAAUAAAUAAUCCAUGUUAAUUUUACCUAAACAAAUUUAGCAAUUUCAAAAACUACGUAAGUGUAAUCUGUAUGAGGUAAUUUUCACAACAAAAAUAAAAUGCUACAAAUUCAUCCCUUCAA